GUCUAUACUCGAAAUGGCGUCGUUAUGACAAUGACUUAUUCUACAACCGUCUGAACGCUAACAAUAAUUGUGUCCUUAUUUUAUAUUAUUAUAUUUAAAAUGUUUCGUACAUCGUACGAGCUGAGUAGCAGAACUGUGAUCGAUUCGGGGAAUCCGUCGUACGACCCCGACCAGGUGUACGACUGUGAUAUGUGUUCUGACGGCGGGUGGUGCAGCGAAACCGAAGUGGAAAUACAUAAGAAUAACAAACACAGCAGGGAACGUGACGCUAUUAUAACAGACGAGACGAAACACGCUUGCAAGAUCUGUGUCAUACCUCACAAAAACGAAGAGGAAUUACUGAAGCAUAUAAAAUCACAACAUCUGCUGAGCUUCGAGGACGCUUACAGAGUCGAGCGAGACAUUUUCAUAUGCAAUCAUUGCUCCCAAAUAUUCUUCAACAAACAUCAACUGGCCGUUCAUAUAAGUUACUGUCACAUCGACAAAGAGAACGGCGUAGUGACCUGCCCGCGGUGCUUUAAAAGCAUACGGAUCAAAUCUAUAUGGAUCCACUACGAGAAACACAACAUACAAAGCGUGUCGUCCUGCAAGAUUUGUUUGGACAAAUGUAAAAAUAGGGAACAUCUGAGGGAGCAUAUAAAAUCACACCUUCCAUACUAUAAGUGUGAGAUGUGCGGGUACAUGGCGAAAAAACACGACCUGUUCCAGCAGCACAUAAACUCGUUGCACAAAGACGACGACGUGGUGGCUAAGGAGGGUAGAUAUAAAAAAUAUUUUGCGCCCCAAGUCCUGCAUUGGAGCAGGAAGUUACAGGGGAUAUCCGCGUUCAGAGGUCUCUACCUGCAGGAUUAUAUACGUGUCUGUGUGCUCUGUAGGGAAAUAUGCACCAGCGCGGAGUCCAUGAAGCAUCACAUACUGGUCGAACACAAUAAGUAUAAAAUAUCGAAGACAGUGUUUGUUUGCAGCUGCGGUGAGAGUUUCACGAACAAGGUGCUUUUCAAACACCAUCUGUUCAAAACGAAAGAUCACAGCGAAGUGGGCGGUAGGUGAAUAAAAGUUUUUUUUUUUUUUUGGACAACUAGACAUUUACAUGCUGUGUAUUUUAUCGUAAAUUCAAACAUAAUUAUGUUAAAUAAAAAUCAAUCGAUUAGUUUUUUGUAUGGACGCCAGAAAAAUUCGAUCCGUUUGCAGUUUUUGAAAUUAAACAUUUUUUCAAACUUCAUAGUCCUCAAAUUGAGACUUUAAUGGAAAUUUUUUUUUGGUUUUUGUUUAAUAUAAUGUCAAAUAAGUAUUUUGUGACUGUCGUCUCAGCACAAUCGGAUGCCUGAUAUAUAAUCAAAGAAUUAAUAAAUAUAUAACAUAUUUAAAUAAA